UCUUCAGAUCAAUCACAAUGUUCCUUAUGUAAUACGUACAUGCCUCAUUGUACUAAGUGUUCUUCUUAUGACAAAUGCACAAAUUGUGAAAUAAUUUCAGACACUGAACAAUACUUUGUAAACACCAGCAACAAAUGUGGAACAUGUCAAUCAAUCAUCACAAAUUGUCAAAAAUGUUAUUCCAACACGACUUGUUCAACAUGUUUAACAAAAUAUUUCCCUAAUAGUGGUCAAUGUGCUCUUUGCUCAUCAGUAAUAUCUGAUUGUGAGACUUGUAAUUCUGGUACAGAAUGUACGAAAUGUAUAAAUAAUAAAUAUUUGAAAGACACUGAUCGUACAAAGUGUUUUGCAUGUGGAGAAAUAAUGGCUGGGUGUACAGCAUGUACAAGUGGUACUGUAUGUACAACUUGCAGCGAUGGAUAUUAUAUUAAUUCCAAUUCAAAAUGUGGAGUAUGUUCGACCACGUUAACAACAAAUUGCACAAAAUGUUCGAGUGGCACGACAUGUACAGACUGUAAUUUGCCUUCAUAUUUAAAGAAUGGUAAAUGUGUUGGAUGUUCUGACAUGAUUCCACAAUGUAAAACGUGUAAUUCCGGGACGGAGUGUGCUGAAUGUUCAGUGGGAUAUUUCAUUGAUGGCAAUAAACAAUGUACUUUAUGUCCAUCUGGAUGCAGUGAAUGCAGUUCAUUAACGAUGUGCACUAAGUGUUCAAGCAAUAAAAUAUUAUACACUGGUGAUGGUCUUCAAAGUUGUGUUGCUUGUAAUGAUACAGCAAAAGGAGGAAAAGAAGGAUGUAAUGAAUGUAAUCAAGAUGGAACAUGUAUUGGUUGUGAAAAAUCAACGUACGUGUUAGAUAAUGAUAUGUGUAAACGGUGUAAUACCACGAUGGCGCUUUGCAAAGAAUGCAAUUCAUUGGAUUCUUGUACACUAUGUGAAACUGGGUAUGGCGUAUAUAAUAAAAAUGAAUGUAAAGUUUGUGAUACUCAAAUUGCCAAUUGUAUAGAAUGUACAACAAUUGACACCUGUACAAAAUGUUCAAAUAAAAACCCUCCAGCUUAUAAUACGUGUGUUAUAUGUUUAGAAGGGUGUGAAAAAUGCACAGAUCUAUUGAUUUGUACAAAAUGUCUUGAUAAUUACAUCAAAAUGGAGAAUGGCAAUUGUGUUAAAUGCUCAACUUUCAUACCAAAUUGUGACACUUGUACCAAUGAGACGGUAUGUACAAAUUGUAGCGAUCCUUAUAUGAUCUUCGACGGAAAUUGUACUCUUAAAACAACUACUGAAGCCAUUUCCAAAUCAAUGAACACACACUUAAAACAAUUUGAUAGUGAGAAAAACAGAAAUAGAACACAAAUUAUAAAAAAUAAAAUAACAAAAAAAGGUGAGUCAAUUCAAAAUUAUAUGGACAAAGAAAUACAACACAAAAAGAAGUUAAUUAGUAGUAACACCAAAGAAAAUUAUUACAAACAUGGUCAAUUUUUUAUUAAUAUUAAAUCGAAAAACAGUGACGAAAUUAUUCAAAUUAUUAACAAAGAAAGUGAACACAUAGUACUUUCAGACAAUAACAAAAAUCAAACUGUAGUUCCAACAAAAGUUGACUCUAUUCCAAGUAAAAUGAACGAUACAAAACCAAAUAAAGUUGAACCCACAAUUUAUACAAAUUCAACUCAAACAACAAACACGAUAAAGAAACAACAACACAAAUCAUCAACUCGAGUAAUCGUAACACCAGAAAACACACUGAAUAUUUUAUCAAAAAUUUUAAUCCAAACCACAUCAUUUAAUUCCAAUGAUGUCAUUCAGUAUGUUUUAGAUACAAAUAAAACUAUAAAGAACUCAGAAUCGAAACACUUAAAAAUGGUGAGUUCCAAUUGUGGUAAAAAUCAAUAUGAAGACCAAACCCACGGCAACAGUUGUGUUGAUGUACCUUCUGGGUGUUACAAACGCGCAUACAAUUUAAUACAAUAUUGUACCCAAAAGAUAUACGGAUGUUAUCAAUGCAAUUACACAACGGACGAUGCGUUAAGUACAUACGAUACAUCAAAAUUGUUAUGUUUAAGUUGUAUGAAUGGAUAUGCCCUUUUAAACAACAGAUGUUUACAGACGGCUGGUAUCACGGAUUCAUCUGGAAACAUUGUCAUGUGUUCUGUUGGGUGUAAUGCGUGUAACUCUUCUACCUUCUGUUUUUACACGAAGAGUCAAUCGUACACCACCCGUAACGGGGAAUUGAUACCUUAUACAAAUGAUGAGUAUUGCCAGAAAUACAAAUAUGGAUUUGGGUGUUAUGAGUGUUCCAAUUCGAUUUCAAACACAGGUAGUUGUUCUGGAAUUGUAAGAAAAGAGACGUGUUCUUUUUAUCUCAAGACAAGUGGUGAAGAUAAGUGUGUACCUUAUAUUGAAACUGUUCCAAAAACAGCGAAUUUAUUUGAGCAAUACCAUUCAAAUAAUAUCAAUUUUGUUUCGUACAGAGUUUCAUAUAAAACACUUCAAAAUGUCGUUCAUUUGAAUUUCAAAAGUGAAUUCGAAGGGUGUUACGCAGAGAAAUAUGGUCGAUGUCUGUCGUGUAAAGAUGGGUAUUACAUGUCAAAUGACCAGACUGUUCCAUGUAAGUUAUGUUCAUCUGAUUGCAACAAAUGUGUCUCACAAAAUGAGUGUUUGAUAUGUCGUAAUGGCAAUGUUAUUGAUAAGAAUGGAGCUUGUGUACCUGUAGGUGAUUGUGCCCAUACUGCAUUGCGUGGGUGUGAUAUAUGUCAUGAAAAUUACUUCCUCAAAAAUGGGACAUGCAAAUCACUUCAAGAACAUUAUUGUCUUUUUGGAAUAGCCUCUUCAACUGAAAUACCAUAUUGUACAAAAUGCUUAGAAAACUAUGUCUUAGAAAAUGGGGUGUGUCGAGUUAAAUCUGAAGUUAAUUGUGUCAUUGUUGACCCUCAAACUUCGACAUGUACAGUGUGUACUGAGGGGUAUCAACUUGAUGUCACAAAGAAAUGCACCAAAAUAUCCAUUUCGAUGUGUUCGUAUGCAAACAGUUACGCCUGCAUGCAAUGUAUUUCCGAUGCCACUUUGGACUCAUCAUCUGGUUCUAAUGUCUGUUUGAAGGAGUUGAAUGUAGCCACAACAACUUCAACAACACUUUGUGUUAUAAAUGGGGUGACAGGUUGCCAAAAGUGUGCUGAUGGGUAUUAUGUAUCAGGCACAAUGUGUAAGCCAUGCAGUCCACAGUGUGGCAAAUGUUAUGACUCGUCGAGUAAUUGUGUGACGUGUGGAUUUGGGUAUUAUAACUCGAGUGGCGCAUGUGUUAUAUUAGAAGGACUUGCAACUACAUGUCAGACAUUCCUUCCAGGUGGUGACAAGUGUGCUGUUUGCAAAGAUGGGUACAUUUUGAAAGAUUCAAAUUGUUUUGCAUGUAACGAAGCGUGUGAGGUUUGUUAUGGUUCUUUAGAUAAUUGCACGCGUUGUUCGUUCAAAAAUGGGUAUUACCAAGACCUCAAUACGUCGACGUUAAGUUCUGUUGUUUGCCUUUCUUCAACGACACUUGGAAAUUGUGACAAAGUUACGAGUGACGGGUGUGCUGUUUGUUCCGAGUUUUAUUACAGAAACAAUUAUAAGAAAUGUGAUAAGUGUGGGGAUGGGUGUAAGAUAUGCAAAGAUGGGCUUUCAUGUGAGAAGUGUAUUGAUGAUUAUGUAUAUAAAAACACUGCAUGUGUCCCAUGGCAGCAAUUAUCUCAGUGUACAUAUUAUGAUGAUGUAUCUCAGAAGUGUUCGAAGUGCAAUGAUGGGUAUUCACUCAAUGAAAAUGGAAAUGAAUGUCAAAAAGACUUUAAUUACGCCGCAGUCAUUACUCCGAUCGUUAUUGGUGUUAUUCUCAUAUUGAUCAUUAUCUUUGUAUUCUUAUUGGUGUACUUCUUAGUGAAGAAACACAACUCAAAA